UAGUGAUUAAAGCAAAAACACAGUUAACCAAAUAGGUUGAGAAAUGGGAGAUGUUAAGUUGCUUGGUCUAUGGUAUAGCCCUUUCGUUCACAGAGUUGAGUGGGCUUUAAAAAUUAAGGGUGUGGAAUAUGAAUUUAUAGAAGAAAAUCUACAAAAUAAGAGCCCUCUGCUUCUUGAAUCCAAUCCAAUUCAUAAGAAAAUUCCUGUUUUCUUUCACAAUGGGAAGCCCAUUUGUGAGUCUAUGGUGAUUGUUGAAUACAUUGAUGAAGCAUUUGAGGGUCCUUCCAUCUUGCCUAAAGAUCCUUAUGACCGAGCUAUUGCUCGUUUCUGGGCUAAGUUUCUUGACGAUAAGUUGCAAGCAAUAGGGAAAACUUUCUUUUUCAAAGGAGAGGAACAAGAGAAAGCUAAAGGGGAAGCUUAUGAGACAUUGAAAGUUCUUGAUAAUGAGGUCAAGGAUAAGAAGUUUUUUGUGGCUGACAAAUUUGGAUUUGCUGAUAUUGCUGCUAAUUUUGUGGGACUUUGGCUGGGAGUUUUUGAAGAAGCAACUGGAAUUGUUUUGGUUACAAGAGAAAAAUUUCCAAAUUUUUGUGCUUGGAGAGAUGAGUAUAUUAAUUGCACCCAAAACAAGGAAUAUUUACCUCCAAGAGAUGAAUUGCUUGCCCAUUUCCAAGCUCGUUUCCAAGCUGCUGCUGCUGCUUCAAAGUGAACACCUAUAGUUAAUUUCAAGAUUUGUAUGGCAAUAAAAAUUAAGAUGGAUUUAGGUUGUGUUUUUGUGAGUUCAAUUGAAAUUAAUUUUGGACUAAAUAAGAUGUGCGUAAUUAAUCAAAGAAUAUUUU